GGAGCGGCGCCGCCGGCCAAAGGCAGCCGCAGUCCGCGCCAGCGCGGCGGCCGCGGGGAUGCUGCGCUACAGCUCGGGGCUCACGGUCACCGCCACCGCUCCCCGGAGGCCGUCCGGCGACGGCGGCCGCGCCCGGCGGAAGAUGAAUGUCUGUAGGUUACGCUUGACAGUGCCACCUGAUGAAGUCUCACAGCCUGAGCAGCAAGUAAAGGAACCUGAAAGAAAGAAAAAUGAGCUCUAUCAUGUACCAAAUGGCACGUCUCCAGGGAAGCUCUCCCAUGGGAUGGUGUAUGGCGUUGUACAUCGAACUGACAACAACCAUAAGAAAGAAAUGGUGGUUUAUGGCUGGUCAGCUGAUCAGCUGAAAGAAGAGAUGAAUUACAUUAAAGAAGUAAGAGCAACUCUGGAAAAAGUAAGAAAGAAAAUGUAUGGUGAAUAUGAUGAAAUGAAACGAAAAAUACAGCAGCUUACAAAUGAACUGAAAGUGACAAAUGCUCAUCAGGAAUCCUUAGAGAAUCAUGUGCGAGUGCAGGCUGCAGCCUUAGAUAGCUUUAGUGAAAUGAACAGCUCCUUGACAUCAGCAUCAAUAGACUUGCAGAAAACUCUAGUGGAUGUUACAUUGGAGAACACCGAUAUAAGGGAACAAAUUAGGAAUUUAAAACAUACACAUGAGCAGUCCAUGGAAAAGCUGAGAGAGAAGCAAAAGCAACUGGAAACAGCACAAAUUGAAAAUCAGUUACUGAAAUUAAAGGUGGAAUCAUCACAGGAAGCCAAUGCUGAAGUCAUGAGAGAGAUGACAAGAAAACUGUAUAAUCAGUAUGAGGAAAAAAUGCGAGAAGAGGAGCAGAAACAUAAAGCUGAGAAAGAAAUCCUCCUGGAAGAAACAAAUCGGCUUCUUAAGGCUAUUGAAGAAGCAAAUAAGAAGAUGCAGAUCACAGAAACAAGCAUUCAGGAAAAAGACCAGAGAAUUGGUGAGCUGGACCGGCUGAUUGAACGCAUGGAAGAGGAACGUCACCAGCUGCAAAAACAACUCGAACUAAAUGAAAUACAAAUAUCUGGAGCAAAGUCUGAAAACUCUGACAGUGAAAGGUCACAGCAUUUGGAGGAGGUAGCAGCCAGCCUAAGAGAGCGAAUCAAACAUCUAGAUGAUAUGGUCCACUGCCAACAGAAGAAAGUCAAGCACAUGGUUGAGGAGGUCAUGGCCCAUGAGCUGUUCUCCAGCUUUAGUCUCAGAUUCGUUGGAUAAUAAAUGGUGACCAAACACCAGGGAGAAGCUGUAUCCUGUUCUGUUGUGGAAGAUACUUGCACGAAAGGACAAAGUGCUAAUGAGCAAAUGAUACCCCAAAUACAGAAGAUACUUUGUAUUGCACAAACGGAGAAUAAAGAAGAAUUUUUCCCAACAGAGACUUAAUAACCAGCUGAAAACGUCUAUAUCAGGAUACUCCAACUCCAGAUAUGUAGCAAAAUAUUCCAGUUUUAAUACGGAAGUAUGGAGUUUCAAUGUUUGUUCAAGUGAAAGAGGCUGCACAGAGGAUAAGAAGAUGGAAUUAUCAGCCACAGACAGAUGCCAAUUUUUUAUGAACUAGGUACUAUGCAAUGGAGAUUUUACAGUAAGAACGAAACAACAACAAAACACACAACAGAUGUAGAAAGAGAAGCCCACCUUGGAAUCUUGGAGGGAGAAGAUAAAUGGCAGAACAUAAAUAACUCACUACCACCCCAAUUCAAGUGUUUGGCAUGCCUCAGUGGACUUGAGCAAUGCAGCACACUGCUUAUCUAUUGGCAGAAGUAUUUGGUGAGAGUGUUUAUACAUGCAUAGCAUCAGCCCUUUCAACUGGGAAUUGCCUGACCAAAUUAUUAAUUAGAGAACUUGCACGUUACUAAGGUAGCUCUUAAAAAGGCGGGUUGAACUGUUAGACAGUGUGCCAAUGUUUACAGCCUGUGAGGACAUCUAGGCCCUAUGGCCCUGCUUUAGUAAUAGAUGUGUAGCAAAGACUGGUGUAAUGUGUACAUAUGGCUCUUUAGUUUUGGAAGGUCUCGAAAUUGGUGCAUUAACUUACAUCAAAUGGUUGUUACCUUUUCUUUAAAGGUGAGUUUUAAAAUACAAAACAUAUUAAGGGGUGGCUCAAAUGAUUUUAGGACGAUUAAAAGGCAGAGGUGCUCAUUCCUACAUACCAUAUUAUGUUCCCUGAAAAAAAUUCAACACUUGUGUAGCCUCUGAUAAAUACCACUUAAGGUCCAGUGAAAUAUUGGACUAAAAUAGCACUUAAGGUCCAGUAGACUGAGCAGUUACCUCUGAGAGUUUGGGCUGAUGUUGCAAUGUCUUGUCUGUCUUGCUUUGUAUUGUAUGGUAUGUGUUUGUCCUGUGUUUAGUCAUAUUUAUGACUGGUUUGUUCAUGUCUCUGUAUCAGUGUUACAGAUGCCCAGUCCAUUAGUGGUAGAUAAGGAAAAUACAUGGUACUUGAAUAAUAUAUAAUAUUUGAAUAUAUUAACACUGUCAUGUUAUGAUAAAUAUUUUAAACUAAUGGAUUAUAAUAUUAAGUAGCAAACUGACUGAGUUUACCAAACAGAUGGUUCUGUUCCAAUCCAGUAGAUAACAGAACUGUCUGAGUACACAGGACGAAAUAAAGCCUACUAUUUCAGACUUUCUUUAUAAAGGCUUUACAAUUGGAUACAACUUUAACUUUCUCUUAAGGUGCUUUUUCCUUCUACUUUAAUUGCUUUGUAAUUUUGUUGACUUACUGUUCUAAUGUCACUACUCACAUCACUAGCACUUCUAGAGUCUUCUAGGUCUCAUGAUUGAUUCUUCUCUUGACCAUGCUUCUGUCUGUUAGAUCAAUUGAGUGCUGUUGACUUGUACAUCUAACUCCAUCUUACUGCAACAAAGUUUAGUUGCUUGGUAGAGCAAGAGAAAUUCAGAGAUGCAUCUUCCUAGAAAGUGUUUACACAAUCCAUUCAAGUAUCUUGACAAUUUUGUUUGAAAUUUGAGAUCUAUUGGACUAGUGCAGUAGCGAGAAACAUCUUCAGUGAUGGGAUGGACAAGAAGAAUUGAAUUUUCUGGGAAUUACUGUAAGAUAAGAUGACAAUCUGGGGACUGAGGGAGUUUGAGAGAAAUGACUUCAAGGUCUCAGAAGGAGGCAAAAGCAUAAAGGUGGUAACAGCAAUAAGACUGAAUCAAAGAGGAGAGAGUUUGAGAAGUGCUGUGGCCAUAUUAAACCUAAGUCAGUGGAUAACUAAUUCAGGAUGACUCCUAUUGCAUGUGGGGCCUUAUAUGCUGAUUCAGAUGAUUAGAAACUGAAAUGGGUAUGUAAAAUGCAAACUGCACACCCAACACCAUCUGCAGGGAACUUCACAGAUCAUGCCAUGACAGGGAGAGAUCAGUUGCCCUUCCUCUGCUUGACAGCCAAUGCCAGGGAUGGAACUUGGGUGGCCAAAGCUUGCAUGCACCCCGCUGCAUUGGCCUGUGGCCAGGCACAGAUCUCCUGAGCAGUGUCUGUGUACUGACUGGCUGAGACGAAGAGUUCAUCUCAUUUUACAGCACUGAGAGGAAUGCUCCCCAGCCCCAUGGAUGACCUAAAAGCAUGUGAUGCCUCUCAGUUGCUGGCAGGCCAGAUAAAUGAUAAACUGUAGCUUGGGCCUUUCAGCUCUUCCUUUCUCAGUUCUGGAGCAGCUAGAUGUCUCCCAACAGGAGGAGGGAAAGCAGAAGCUAUGAAGAUGAUGGGGUGGGGGAAGUAAGACAGAAUGAAGUGACAGGAAAAAGAGUAGCCUAGGAUUGCUAUAUUUGUAUUUUUACUGUUGGAUGUCCUGAAUAGUACUUGAUGGAGAAAUCUGAGAGGGUAAUUUUGCAAAAGCCUGAUUUGGGAGCAAGUUGCUGAGUUGGCAGUGAGCUCAAAUGCUAAAGGCUAGAGUCUUUGGCUUGCACUGAUUUGUUUCUGACUCUAGACUAUUUUGGGUACCAUUUGGGCCCUCAGUUCAGUAUUAUGUUUGACCUAUCUUGCUUCUCCUCUCCUUCUCUUUACCUUCUAUUAAACCAAAAAUGAAAAUCUAUUGCUCUGUCAUCUGCUUGUUUUCUUGCUUUAUGCAACUCUCUUAAACAAAGACGCUCUCAAGACUUGGGUUUGUGCAAUACAGGUUUAUGGCGCUGUAAGUGUUACCACCCUGUUUUAGUUUGCUGUACUAAGAUUUUUUUAUGGAAGCAACAAGGCAUGAAUUUUAUUUUUUAAAUGCUUUUACUCAAUAUCAGCAUUAUGAUCCAGUAUUCUUGUUACAAUUUUCUCUCAAAGGAAAUACUGGCUUUCACUUUAUGCAAUGUGACAUAUAAAUGUAUUCAAUUAAGGUUGCAUUUUAUUUAAUAUAGUAAUAUAUUAAUAUAAUCUCCUAAAAGUAUUCCUACUUUUUCCUGGUUUCCAGUGACAUAGCCUCUCAUAGGUUAGUCAAAUCAGGUUUGCUCACUCCUGGUGCUAAUGGUAUAAGUUGAUGUGUACUCAAGUCCUUAUUCAGUAAAUAAACAUUUUUAUAGUAAACUA